CUCCAUAGCUUGUUUUCCAUGGUUUUCCAUUGUAAUUGUCCUUCACGUGAUUGGAAUUAGCAACCUGCUAUUAUCCAGACAAAAUUAAGCUUAGAUCCAGAAGGAUAAAAUAGCAAGAUGGGAAAUAUUCACACUGUUGGACCCAAUGAGGCUAUGGUGGUGUCAGGUGGCUGUCUCAGUCCCACUGCAAGGAAGACAAUCAUUGGAGGCUGGGCCUGGGCCUGGUGGUGUGUGACAGAUGUGAAGAAACUAUCCCUUGAGGUGAUGACGCUGAACCCGGUGUGCGAGCGGGUGGAGACCUCGCAGGGCGUGCCGCUCACCGUCACCGGCGUGGCCCAGUGCAAGUUCAUCAAACAGGAGGACCUGCUCAAACAGGCGUUCGAACAGUUCAUCAGCAAGUCGGUCAACGAUGUCAAGAACACGGUCCUGCAGACGCUCGAGGGCCACCUGAGAGCCAUUCUCGGUACGCUCUCCGUAGAGGAGGUGUUCAAGGACCGGGACCAGUUCGCCGCCCUGGUGCGCGAGGUAGCCGCCCCGGACGUCGGCCGUAUGGGUAUCGAGAUCCUCAGUUUCACCAUCAAGGACGUGUACGACGGCGUGGACUACCUGUCCUCGCUGGGCCGGCCGCAGACGGCCGUCGUCAAACGGGACGCCCAGAUUGGCGUGGCCAUGGCCGUCCGAGACGCCGGCAUCCGGGAGGCGGAGUGCGAGCGGGCCGCCAUGGAUGUCAAGUACGGCACAGACACCAAGGUGGCCGACAGUACCAAGCUGUUCCGACUGCAGAAGGAGGAGUUCGACCGCGAGGUCAACACGGCGAAAGCGGACGCCGAGCUGGCCUACGAGCUGCAGGCCGCCAAGGAGAAGCAGAAGAUCCGGUUUGAGGAGAUCGCCAUCGACGUCAUCGAGCGCAGGAAGCAGAUCGAGGUGGAGACACAGGAGAUCAAGCGGAAGGAGAAGGAGCUCACCGGCACGGUCAAACUGCCCGCCGAGGCCGAGAGCUACAAGGUCGAGGCCAUCGCGCAGGGAAAACGGUACCAGACGGUCGAGGUGGCCAAAGCCGAGGCCGAGAGUACCCGUCUGCUGGGAGAGGCCGAGGCCAGCAGCAUCGAGGCCAUCGGUCGCGCCGAGGCCGAGCGGAUGCGGAUGAAGGCGGCUGCCUACCAGCAGUACGGUGACGCCGCGCUCACCUCCAUGGUGCUGGAGGCCCUGCCGAAGGUGGCCGCGGAGAUUGCCGCCCCGCUGGCCAAGGUGGAAGAGAUCGUGCUGCUCGGCGGCCAGGACAAGAUCACCUCUGAGAUCACCCGACUGGUGGGCCAGGUGCCGCCAGCCAUCAGUGCCCUCACCGGCGUCGACUUGUCAAAGGUUCUGGAGAAGGUGCCGGGCGCACAGGGGAGCGCCUAGAGCGGCCCUGUGUCGAGCCCCCGCGCGGAGCCGCCUGGUGCCUUUUGCUGCCGUCGCCACUGCUGCUGCUACUGCUGCUGCCGCCGCUGCUAUCGCAUGCUCCCAGCCGGUCAGCACUGGGAGGGUCGGUCGGGCCCACCGCUGCUCUAUCGGGAUCCACUGUCACUCUAUCAAGGCCCUAUAUCGCCCUUACCAGGGCCCACUGCCGCUCCCAGCCGGUUUCUCCGCCGCUUUAACCUGCCUGCACUGGUCUCUAAUCACCCGCCACCGGUCACCGGUCACCACUCGGAACCCGCCCGCUCCUCGCCAGUCCAGUUUUUCCCUAUACCGCGGCGCUGCCUCUGUCUGCCCGCGGGCCCCGGUCGCCGGGCUGCUCGCCGCCUCCCUCGUGCUGAACUUACUCUGCACCCGUGCUGGUCCUCCACUGCCGUGCCGCCCCUACCAGCCGGUCAACUUUGUGAUCAGACUUUAGGAAAUCAUGUGGCCUGGAUCGAGUGGAUUGCUUGUAUUUUCACUGCCUCAUUAUUAGGGUAGGCUUGCGUAGCGGUAGAAGCCGUUCAGGCCACAUCGGCAUUAGCUGCUUUAGAGGUCUCAUUGGUCUGAAACCUUGCCAACUAAAGAUAGUCGCCUAGAGGUUAUUCGGUAGAGACCACGUACCUUAUUCUAAAUGCUGCAGCUGGCUGCUAGCUUCAAUGACAUAUUUUUAUUCAUCAUGUUUCGAGACCCCAUUUGAUUUAAUAUAUUCGUAGGGCUGCCGUUUGGAAAGGGUCAACGAUGUACAAUGACCGAUGAAAAAAUAGCGUGUUUUUUCAUAACAAUGAAGAAGGUAGCAGUUCGCCACCCUAGCUUCAUCUCGAUGAAUUACGAAGGCGUUUAAACAUUCGCUCUGCACUUCUGCAGUCUGAAUUAUAUUCAAUGGAACAUUUUUUUUGAACAUUUGUUUUCAUGAACAUUUUUUUGCUCCCGUUUUCUGAUCCCGGCGCGAAAUUCCUUGGCUCUCAAUAUUUCUAAGAUUUUCAGAGUUAUGUAGAAGUGAAAUGGUCAGCUAGAAUGUCAUUUAUAUGCAGUGUAAUAGGACGUGUUCAGGUAUUAUAAUAUGACAUAUCAGGAAGGAAGGAAAUUCAUAUUUUAUUGACAAACAUAUAAAUCUCAUGCAUUUUUUCCAAACAGUACGUGUCAGCUAUUCUCAUAAAUAUACAACAAAGAAACCAGAAAAUUGGUAGGUGACUAACAUUUAAAUCAUGCAGCCUAAUUAUUUUUAACUAAGUCAAACCAUAUAAUAACGAUUUUUCGUUUAUUUAGAACCGAUUUAGGCGUAAAACCCUGUUGCCUAAAUACCGUUCAGUGGAGGGAGCUGCGAUGCUUAUACCCGUAGAUCGCUAAACGCAUUACUCCUGGAUGUGCCGUUGUGCUUGCAACAGAAUACUCAAUUUUUUGUCUUCCUACCUUACCGCCUAAGAUGUCCUAGAUUCAUUAGCUGACCGCUACUGAAAUUUUGUGUAGUGCAAUAUAUUCGACAUUCAUCAUGAAAUUGAUUUCAAAAUUGAACAGUUACGCAGAAGCAUCAAUACCAAUACGUAAAUACAACACAAGGGAUCCAUCCACUUUAAACUCAUCUGCAAUGGUUGUGUUCUUACACCGCCACCUGUCCAUCCAUCUAUGGCCACACCGCACCCGUAAUGUCUCCGUCUCCGUGUGCCGCUGGGGCCGCGGUAACCCGUGUGCCAGACGCGUGUAGACUGGGCCGCGGUAACCCGUGUGCCAGACGCGUGUGCCGUUGGGGCCUGCGUUCCGUUCACUGAGUGUGAGAUGAGUUUGAGCUGAGAAUGAGUCGAGCGCCGGCAACGCUAUAAAGUCCUAUACCCGCCCCACAUCCCUGUCCUAUGACUGGGUACAGUUGACAAUCCUGUCCCAUGUCUAGUUAGGUACAGUUCACUUUCCCAUUCAAUGCCCGGCGGUCCGUCCAUGUGACUCUACCGUCCUUACCAUGUGGACACAUGCAUUGGUCAUAAAAAUAGACAUUGGGAAACGGCCAUAGACGCAGGCUUGUUUUAUGUUUUGUUCUGUAAAGGUGUGUUGUGCUGCCUGAAUUUUGAUCUUGUAUCGAGACCGUGAGUAGGUAGACUAAGUUGUGAACUUGGAUCGUGCUUUGUUCCGCCUUAUGUCGCAGACAAACGGCUGCAUUGAGAUAGGCAGUGGAGCAGUGCUCAAUGCCGGAUGGCCUGCUCUGUACAUGCACUUAUAUUGUACAUGCGUGUUUCGCUGCUUAAUUGGGUGUUCCGCAUCGCUUGCACAUUUGAUGUUUUAUGCCACGUGAGUACUAGUUUUAAGUCGUGAUCUGAUGUAAUCGAGCAACACGAUACUUUUGUGAGCUACAUGCGAAUUAAAUCAGGGCAACAAUACAAAAUAUGCAUUUUCUAUACCAGCAAGCCCGUUCGAUUUCCGUUCGAUAGGUCCAGAACAGGAACUGGUGCUCAUAUAUGCUGGGAACAGAGUCCGCUCUUUUUGUGCAUUUUUUAUUGAUCGGGCACAGAUACAAUGUAAUUUGUUUAGAGAACGUGUGGAUUCCGCAAUGGGCGAUGAGCUGCCCUUACCAUCUCUGUUCUUUUAUCCAACAUGCGCUGAAGAGCCGCUCGGGUGGAGUAUGUUUCGUUGUUUUUGUUUUCCUCCAUAUCCAUGCAUUGGCCAGAUCAAGUAGGUACAUUUGUAAUCUUAGUUAGAUAUGUACAUACAUAAUAGAGGGUGUACUGUGUCAACUUGCAUGUUGUAUUUUUCCGUUUGAUAUGUACGGACAGUUUAACACCUUUCACAGUUUGGUGCCGUUUUGGACAUAGAAGUCGCCCACAAUAUGAUUAAGUUGGUACUUACGACUACAUACCUUUUACGCCAUAUGCAAUACAAUAUGGACCCGAGCUGCGCUAUACGAGCGGCCUGCGUCCUGUUGUGUCGGUCUGAGUGUCACCUCAUCGCAGUGUGUUUGUAGCACCUUGUUGUGCGUACCGUGCGAGUCCGCCGGAGAAGCCAGUCGGACUGAAUGCCAAACAGCGGUUUGCGAGUACAACGCGAUACGAGUGAGCCCUGAGAGCGCCGCUGGUGGCUCAAUGGCUACACACUACACAGGCUCAGUGCAUGGUAGCUUCGUACGAUCCUGUAAACACGCGCCGGGAGCGAGCCUUCGUGACGAACUGCGUGCCACCAAGGCCGGGCUCAGAUUUGCUGUGGUCCAAUACACGGCCACUCAUGCCGGAGGCGCUCACUCGUUCUGUUCCAUCUCAGUUGUGGCCACCGGUUUUCGGGCCGGCAGUCCGUCAGUCUUACCCGCUCGGCCGGUCUCUAACAUGCCAUUGUAUUCGAUAACUCGUUGUCGAUGUGUUUGCAUGUAACAGCACGUGUGGCUCCUGCGUGCGCUGUAUGCAUGCACUCUGUUCGGUGCAGACGGAGGUACAAUACAUACAUACAAUACAGCGAUGCAAGGCA